CUGACGGCCCGGCCCCACCCCGCCCCUCCUGCUCGCCAACCCUAAAGGCGCCGGGGCUGGUGGCUCCCCGCUCCUGUCGCUAUAGCUGUCGCCGCCGCUCUCUCGGGGAAGCGCAGAACCGAGCACUGGGUAAGAUGCCUCACGAGGUGGAAUUGGGUGCCACAGCACUGGAUCCUGAAGCUAGCCCUGAGUGCCUGGGGUCCACUCCCCUGUCCAGUGAAGCAGCCGUGGAAGACACACAGGCGACCAACCCUGCCAGUACUGUGAAGAAUGUGCUCCGUGAAUCUGAAAGGGCUGGAACCUCAACAACUCAAGAAGAGGAAGCUGAAGUCCUAGAAGAAGGCAUGAAUAAAGCACAAGAUGCUCUUCGGCUGUGGACCAUCCAUCGUGAUGGAGAAGUCCUUUUGAGGUUAACAAAGCAUGGGCCGGGCCACGAGGCCCCGAUGACCAUUCCAGAAUUUUUCCGAGAGUCAGCCGAGCGCUUCGGGACUUAUCCAGCCCUCGCAACAAGGAAUAAUGACGAAUGGGAGUUUCUGAAUUACAACCAGUACUACAAGGCUUGCCGGAAAGCUGCAAAAGCCUUGCUCAAGCUGGGCUUGAAGCGCUUCAACGCAGUUGGCAUUCUGGGUUUUAACUCAGCUGAGUGGUUUAUUGCUGCUAUUGGCGCCAUCUUAGCAGGGGGCCUCUGUGUUGGCAUUUAUGCCACCAACUCUCCCGAGGCCUGUCAAUAUGUUAUCGAUCACGCCAAGGUGAACAUCUUACUGGUUGAAAAUGACCAACAGUUACAGAAAAUCCUUUCGAUUCCACAGAACAAGGUGGAGACCUUAAAUGCGAUCAUCCAGUACAAGCAGCCAGUGAAGGAGAGCAGCAACAACCUGUACUUUUGGGAUGAUUUCAUGGAACUUGGCAACAGCAUUCCCGACGCCCAGCUGGACCAGAUCAUCGAGAGCCAGAAGGCCAAUCAGUGCGCUGUGGUUAUCUACACUUCGGGGACCACAGGCCACCCCAAGGGCGUGAUGCUGAGCCAUGACAAUAUCACGUGGACGGCUGGGGCAGUGCCCAGGGACUGCAGCCUAUCCUUGGCCCCAGAGAAGCAGGAGGUGGUGGUCAGCUACCUGCCCCUCAGUCACAUCGCAGCCCAGAUGGUGGACCUGUGGAUCCCCAUUAAGAUCGGGGCCAUUACCUACUUUGCUCAACCAGACGCGCUCAGGGGCAGCUUGGUGAAUACUUUGCAUCAAGUGAGACCUACCUGCUUCUUGGGGGUACCCCGAAUUUGGGAGAAGAUGCAAGAGAAGAUCAAGGAAAAUACUACCAAGGCCACAGCCUUGAAGAGGAAAGUGUUCACCUGGGCGAGAAACACUGGCCUGCGGGUCAACACCAAAAGGAUGUUGGGGGGACACGACAUGCCCAUGAGCUACCGCAUGGCCAAGACCCUUGUGUUCAACAAAGUCCGGAAUGCCCUGGGCCUCGACCGCUGCUACCUUUUUGUGAGCGGGGCUGCGCCUCUCACCCCAGAGACCUCCGAAUUCUUCCUCAGCUUGGACAUCCCAAUCGGCGAGAUGUACGGUAUGAGCGAGAGCUCAGGGCCGCACACAGUCGCUGUCUGUGAAAACUACAGGACGCACAGUUGCGGGAAAAUCUUGAGUGGCUGCAAGAACAUGCUGUACCAGCCGGACAAGGACGGUGUCGGCGAGGUCUGCUUCUGGGGCCGCCAUGUCUUCAUGGGCUACCUGGAAAGGGAGGACGCCACCAAGGAGGUCAUUGACGAGGACGGCUGGCUGCACUCGGGGGACUUGGGCCGCAUGGACAGUCAGGGCUUCCUCUACAUCACCGGCCGGAUCAAAGAACUGCUCAUCACUGCUGGCGGCGAAAAUGUGCCUCCCGUUCCCAUCGAGAACUUGGUCAAGGAGAAGAUUCCCAUCGUCAGUAAUGCCAUGUUGGUGGGAGACAAGGCCAAGUUUCUGAGCAUGCUGCUGACCCUGAAGUGCGAGGUCGACCCAAAGAGCGGAGAGCUGCUGGACAGGCUGUCCUCAGAGGCCAUCAGUUUCUGCCGGCACGUGGGCAGCCAGGCAUCCACCGUGACGGAGAUCCUGCAGCAUCAAGACCCCCAUGUCUACACAGCAAUCCAGAAAGGCAUAAACGAGGUGAAUGAGGUGGCUGUCUCCAACGCUCAGAAGAUUCAGAAGUGGGUCAUCUUGGAGAAGGACUUUACCAUUGCUGGCGGAGAGCUAGGUCCAACGGCAAAGGUCAAGAGAUAUUUCGUUACUGAGAAAUACAAACAGCAAAUCUAUAACUUAUACCACUGACUUCCCGGGCGGACCUGCUCGUGGCUGCCGGAACGGAAGACCCCACUGCAACACACGCUUUACUGCUUCUGGUUUUUCAGAAGCUGAGUUCUCAGUGGGUCUGUUGCUUGAUUGCUGAGCUGUUGAAGAGAUCUCCCAGUGGGACCUGCCACACCUUUCAAAGGAAUAGAAUCAUCAUAGGUCUUUGAGCUCAUAUGAACCAUCAACGUGCCGCUCCCAGGGGUAUUUAUUGGGAAGUCUACAUCAAAUUUCCUGUUUUAGAAGAAAGAUCUGAUCUUUAUGGGUUCCAACUGGAUUGUUUGGUCUCCUCGGAGGGCUUAUUCGGACUCUAGAAAGAAAGAAAAGCCUCCACACGCCGGAAGAACUGUGCCCCCAAGCCCACUACCUGCCCGGAUGCCACUUGGAUACUCUCCCAAUAAGUUCUGAGAAUAAAGCUUGUGCGUGUCCCACGUCCUGAGUUUUGGUGAGAUGGGGACAUUUUGUCCUUUGUUGUGUGCAGCAACCAGAAGCUCAGACUUUGAAAUCAGUUCCAGGUUUGAGUUCUGAGUAGCUGUGUGCGAUGUCAGCCUUCUGGGUCUCAGGGAGUUCUAACCUAUGAAAAUAGAGCCCACUUCCCAGGGUGGCCAGGAUGUACCGGAAGUGGUAUCAUGACACCAAAAGCCCUUAUUAAGGGUUAGCGUUUACUGCUUCAGUACCCCAUCAGUCUAGGCUAUCCGGUGUGACUCUUGACUAAUUUCCACCUUAGGGAUGAGUUUUUCUGUAAAGGCUCAAAAAAAGUGUAUUCCUCUCUCACUCGGCAGUCCAUGUGUGAGCAGUCCAAGGCUGGUACGGUAUAUCCACAGUGUUGGUUCCUGAAAGAAUACUGAGGGGUAGAGGGAAACAUCUCUCAGCCCAGAGAGGGACAGCCCACCAUAAGAACAGAAACAAAACUUCCAGCGUCCCUGAAGGGUCUGUAUUUUGGAGAUUAAACCCUUAUCAGAUAUAUGGUUGUUGACAAUUUUCUCCCAGACUCUAGGUUGUCUCUUCGCUUUGUUGAUAAAGACCUUCGAUGAAUAAAGGCAUUUAAUUUUUACAAGG